UCCAGCAAUGACGAAGGCCAUUUCUAUUGUAUUUCCAAAUACAUUCCAUCGGUAUUGUAUUUGGCAUAUAAUGCAGAAGGUACCUGAGAAAUUAGGAGCCAUCGCACAUAGGGAUGAAUUUAUUCGACCAUUCAAUGAUUGUGUAUGGAAUUCGCAAACGUCUGAAGAUUUCGAAGAUUCAUGGGAAAAAUUGAUGACAGAGAAUGGUUUGGAAGAUAAUGUAUGGUUGAACUCUAUAUAUGCAGUCCGUCAUAAAUGGAUACCCGCAUUUGUACGGCAUGUAUUUUUCGCGGGUAUGUCAAGUAGCCAGCGCAGUGAAAGUAUGAAUGCAUUCUUCCGUAGUUAUAUCUCGAAACGUAAUUCAUUUAUAGAUUUCAUUGUUCGAUUUGAUAGGGCACUUGCUCGCCAAAGGCAUAACGAGCUUGCUGCAGAUCAUGAAACGAUAAGUAGUAAGCCAAAGUUAAAAACGCCAUGUGAAAUGGAAAAAGUAAUGGGCGAGACAUACACGAGGAGGAUAUUUUAUAAAUUUCAGAAUGAAUUAUUUGAAGGAUUGGAUUAUGUUGCAGAAGGUGAAAGGGAAAAUGAUGAUAUUUAUGUCUAUAAUGUAUUCAAAGUUGCAAGCUUGGAAGAAAACGAUUGCGACCGAGUGGUUAGAUAUGAAGUGAGUAAAAAACAUGCUAAUUGUAGUUGUCUCAAAUUUCAGUUCGAAGGUAUACCGUGUAGACAUAUAUUAUGCGUACUUCGACAUGUUCGUAUACCUAUAUUGCCAGAGUAUUACAUUUUGAAGAGAUGGACACGGUAUGCAAGAGUAGGUUCUAUUCACGACAACGACAAGGUAUCAAUCAAGCCAGAUUGUGAUGAUUCCAUCUCACUACGUCAUAGUGAUUUAUCUCAGAUUUGCCGAUUACUUGUCGAUGAAGGGUCUUCCUCAAAACAAGGGUAUCUCUUGGCUAAGGAAAGGUUGUAUGACAUUUUAAGGGAUGUUCGAAGUAUAGAGUCGGAACCAUGUACUGAAAUUAUAAGAAAACCAGCAAGGAAGCCAACUAGAAAGAAGAAAAUGAAAAUCAAUGAUCCAAAACCUGCCAAAACGAAAGGAACCGGAAAGAGAAUGAUAUCCGAGAGGGAAAAGGGUUUUAAAAAGAAAAAGGAUCAAAGAAGAUGCAAUGGUUGUGGUAAGCGUGGAAAGAAGCAUGACAAAAGAAAUUGUCCAGCAUUAUGUGAUACACGUACUUCUGUUAUAGAGCAUGGAGCACAAGGAAAAGAAAAUUGAAGAGGUUGUGUUCAAUCGUCCCCAACAUGAGCAGGAUAAAAAAGAAGAAAAAAAGAGUAGGUCAAGCAUCUACAGAUGUCAUUUUCAUUUUUUGUUUUUCUUUUCAUUGGUUUACAUAUUAGAGGAUUACAGUUUGUUCAUUGGUUUUGGUGGGUCCAUGGCCUAGCACCCAUGGAUGUGGUGCUAGGCUGUUGCUGUU